UACUUCCGUUUUCUCUUUCUCCGCUUGCUUGUUUAACUGCCUAACUUACUAACUGUUUGUAGUGUAAAAAUGACAACAAGCGAUGAGAUAGGCACUUUCUGCCACGACCACAUCCAACAUCCGCUAAUGUGGUGCGAUGAGAAGAAGCGUUUAGUUGAGCGCAAGAAUGCCGAGGAGAGUCUCCGUAUGUGGCGACGACGCAAGGCCGAGGAAUGUGCCCGAAAGGAGAAGGAUAAACAAGAGUACUACGACUUGUUCCUGCAGCAUUGUCCUUGGGGCAGGCCAGGGGGUGGUGCGCCCAAUGUUGAGGUGCGACGUAAAGACAUCACGGCCGUAGGCCUGCAUUCAACCCCAAAAAUAUCUACCGCACAUCGCAUUAAUUCACUUCAACCUUGUUGCUACAACGACCUCAUCUCCAUGCAAAAGAAGUGCCCUAAGAAUCCGCUGGCCGCCUAUCAUCACCAUCAUCAUCAUCAUCCUCUACCACAUCCUCCGCCGCUAGCUGCAGGAAGACGACUGGCUCACGCCCACUCCAUUCACAACUUGCAGGAGAGUGGGCCACGCAGCAGCACUGUGACCAUUUGCGAACGAGAGCUACCUCCCAAGCCCAGUGUCGCGAUGUCCCAGAACGCAAACGGUGAGAGACUACAAAUCGAGCUUAAAGAGCAUCCCUCAAUGUCGUUUCGAAAUAAAAGCCAUGUGGAUAUCGAGCUGCGUUACAGGCCCUCGCCGAAAUGUGACGGUCAGUCACUACUCGAUAAGAUCGUCGUUCAGAGCGAGAGUGAUGGCCAGAUGCACGAAAAGCUCGGCUCACAAAAGAAGAAGCUGCAGUGUAAGCUAGAAAAGCCGUCUUGCAAGGAGCCUUGGGGUAAGGCUGGUCCCGGAGGCAAGCCCUGGCGCAGUCCUAAAGAAGUCGGCAACAAAUUUAUGAAAUCAUUGGGAUUAUCUAUAUCGCAGGGUUGGACCAACAAGGAAAUGCUUAAGGAACUCGACCAGGACAAUCCCGUUACGCCCGCAGAGAAAAAUACGUUCCGAAAAUCGCGAGCCAUCAGGGGUCCCAAAGUAGCCAAACCGCAACGGUGCUGCGAGCUUUGCACCUGUAACUGCUCCGCUAUGAACUCGUCGAGUCCUUUGAAACAGUCUAGAAAACCUCUGCAGCUGCAGCUGAAACCGCCGCCAUCUUGGGCCAACUCCCGAUCACCGCCCAAGGAAAGCAACCCUACCAAACUCUGCCCGCGACUGACUCGAGGCCACUGCUCAGGCAGCACUGGAAAUAGUGCUUUCACUGCUACGCCGGAUACUAUCCCUGCUAAUGAAGGUGGCGUAGAGUUGGUCCCACUGUUGGCACGCCGAAGAGGCUUGCAUCGACCAAUCAGCCUGUCAAGCACGGAUGUGACAAAGAGAACACUUUCUCAUGAUAGGUACGCACCACCAACCCAGUACAAGAUCAUGACCAAACCCAACAACAGCAAUGAACCAAGCAUCAACAAAAUCAUCAAGAGCAUUAGUCACAUGAAGCGGCUCCCCAAGAACUUGAAUUGCAAGUUACAGUGCUGUAGUUGCAAGUGCAUCACAGCCACUGCCACUGCCGUCAGCACAACAGCAAGCUUUCCGCCCACCUGCUGCCUCAAGCGGCUCACCCUGCACAUACGCUAGUUUAGUCCCAAAACUGCAAUAUCCAGAGCAAGAUUCUAUGUUUGUGUAUAAUUCUAUAUUUCUAUUAAGCUCUCAUUGUACCAAAGGAUCUACAUAGAAAUAGUAAGAUGAGUAACGCCCAUACAAACACGCGUGAAGCAAAAAUGUUUAACG